CCAACCAAUCCCAGAAAACCUCUACCAACCCCGCGAUCAACACACGAACCAAGCAACCACCUCCGUGAUAUAUCUACUUUCCGACGAUCUCCGCCCCUCACUCCUCCACCUACCAAACAAAAAGACAUCACCUCCAAACUAAAAAGGAACAACCGAAUAAAUGUCCUCUAACGUCGGUCUCACCACCCCGCGCGGAAGCGGUACAUCAGGCUACGUCCAGAAGAACUGGGCCUUCAUGAAACCGCGCAACGCAGGCUACGGGGCGCCAUACCCACCUGUCGGGGCGAACGGCGAUGCAGGCCGACCAUUCAAGCAGCGGCAGCCCGAUAAACAGAUUCUCGAGCAUGAUCGGCGGCGGGCGAUCGAGGUGAAGGUUAUGGAGGAGAGAGAGCGGUUGGAGGAGGAGAAUGAGCGGAUUGAAGAGGAGAAUGCGGCGGCGAAGAGGUCGGGGGUUAAGGAAGAAGGAGAGGGGGGGGAGGGGAAGGUUUUGUCGGAUGAGGAGAUUGAGGAACGGUGUGAGGCGUUGAGGGCGCGGUUGGUGAAGGAGAUGGAGGAGGACGAUGAGAAGAGGAGUAAGGAGGGGGAGGAGGGACGGAGGAGGGGUGGAUGCGCCGCGAGGGACUUGCAGCCUAGGGAUCGGAGGCAGUUUAAGUCGUAUCAGGUUCAUGAACUUGCCGAGGCAAAGAUUGAGGAGAGUGAGCGGUUACGGAAGGCGUUGGGGAUCAAGGAGGAUCGGGAAACUGGUGAGAUUUCUAGUGGGCGUCGGGAUUGGGAGGAGAAGAAGCGGGAGAGGGAACGUGGGCGUUCCUAAAUUUAGGACUCUUGGGAGUCAUACUUCCC